GAGAGAGAAAGAGAGAAAGCGCGCGCGGAGAACAGCGUGUGUACAGUGACCGAGAGCGCACGGGCAGAGCGGCUGGUGAGUGUGAUUUAACCCGCGUCUCUAGGCAACCGGCCCGUCUGAGGACCAUCACCUCCCGUUCAGCACAGCUGCACCGGGACCGUGUUACAGUAAAUAUCCGGUGCAUCAUUCCAUCAUUGAGCUCUGGUAUGGACUAGCGGCUUUAUUCAUACAGCAGCGCACGGCGGAGCGUCUGUUUGUCGGUAACAUGCCGCAGAAAUCCUAAAAGGAAACCUCGCCGUUCAGUCCGGAUUGUUUUUGUUCUCGUGGAUUAAAUUUGUGUCCGGGAUGGGGAAGGAGCAGGAGCUUCUGGAGGCGGCGCGAACCGGGAAUGUGGGGCUGGUGGAGAAGCUGUUGAGUGGGAAGAAAGGAUUGCUGGGCUCGGGCUCCGGCUCCAUACCUCUGCCCGGGUUACUCAGUAUGUGGAGAGGCGUCAAUGUGAACUGUGCUGAUGGCUCAGGAUACACACCUCUGCACCACGCAUCUUUGAACGGACACAGGGACGUGGUGUUGAAGUUGUUGCAGUUUGAAGCCUCUACUAAUGUGGCAGACAGUAAGGGCUGUUUUCCUCUGCAUCUGGCCGCAUGGAGAGGUGACGUGGACAUAGUCCAGAUACUGAUCCACCACGGGCCGUCCCACAGCAGAGUUAAUGAGCAGAACCACGAAAAGGAGACGGCUCUGCAUUGUGCGGCUCAGUACGGUCACUCCGAGGUGGUCCGUGUUUUGCUGCAGGAGCUGACGGACCCCAGCAUGAGGAACAGUCGAGGAGAAACGCCGCUGGACCUGGCUGCCCUGUACGGCCGCCUGCAGGUGGUCCGCAUGCUACUGACCGCCCACCCCAACCUCAUGAGCUGCAAUACACGCAAGCACACACCUCUACAUCUGGCUGCACGAAAUGGCCAUCACACUACUGUUCGAGUGCUGCUGGAGGCCGACAUGGACGUUAACACACAGACAGAGAAAGGAAGUGCUCUCCAUGAAGCCGCUCUCUUCGGAAAAUUUUACUCUCUAGAUUUUAUGAUGUGGGAUUGUGACAAAGGGAAUUUUCACGAAGAUUUAGCCCGUCAGCGUCCAAUACCGACACCACGCACAUCAAUACCCUCACCUGUGCCCUCCCCGUCUCUACGGCAUAAAAAUAACGCAGUAACAGGGGAGUUGUCCAAGUUGCUGAAUGAAAUAAAGAUCUGCCGUGAUAAGGAUUGCUCCUUUGAGGAGCUGUGUCAGACCAUCUCUUCUCACUCUCAGUCCAUGGAGAGCUUCGGCAGUGGGCGGCUGUCUGACGAAGAACAGAACGGCACUCUCACUCGAAUAAACAAGCGGCCCACUCCCCCAUUGCCCCCGGCGAUGGAAGAGGAGGAAAAGAGUUGCGGACCAUCAGGCCUGUGGAAGGCGCUCACUCCCUGCAACGGCUGCAGAAACCUGGGCUUUUCUCAGGACAAGCGAUGUGCUGAAAUUGCCCAUUCUCCAUCACUGGAUGUGUUUUUACCAGAAGAUGAGGACAACCCUUAUGAGUCAGUGGCUACAGCCGUCACACGCAAACCGUGCUCUCUGGACAUCCACCGCCACAACGCCUGUCCUCGCAGCGGCCACUUCUCACAUGUGUCGGUCAGUGAUGCAGAGCGAGGUAACCAUGGUGACGACUUUACAGGCCUGACUCCUGACUGCUCCCCUCCUUCACCUGAUACAGCCCUGAGGAACAUCGAGAGAGUCAUCCGCCCCCAGCCAAAGCAACGGACCUCAUUGUCCUCCUCCCAGGACGUCCAGAAACCCCUACAGAACCACAGCGGUGAGCCUUCAGAGGUCAGUUCAUCACUCGGCUACGCCAGCUUCAGCACCAGCCCUCCUGCCAGCCCCCCCAUCAGCCCCGCCAACUGCUCCAUCGGAUCGGUCGAAGACUACGGCCUCACUGACGAGGCGGCGCACCAGAAGGAGUGCAUAGAGCAAGACGACCGAAGAAACAGCCACGUUCCCGAGCAGUUCGCUGGCCUCCUUCAUGGCUCGUCUCCUGCCUGCGAAUCCCCUGACAACCCUUACCAACUCUACAGCAAAGUGCGAAAGUUCAGCGUUCCUGAGCCUCCGCUCCGGCACGGGAAUUUUCUCAGAGCACCCGAGUACUCGCCCCCAUUCCCUCGCACAGGCAGCGAGGCGUCUGCCCUAAAGACCCAGAAAGAAGCCAAACCGCAGAUAGUCUACAGGACGAUUUUUCACACCCAGGUCAACCAGGGCCCAUUAACGCUCACCGAAUCAGGCAACAAGACCACCGGGGUGCAUGUGAGGAACGGGGAGGUCCGGAGCAAAAGCACGGGGAGCUCUAACCCAGCAAGCAGCAAUUCCGGCUACGAGGAAAGAGCCUGCACUCUCGGGAGGAUGAGGUCCAUGCCCAAAAAUGUUUUGGACCUUCAGCUGUCCAGAAAUUUCUCCAAAUCAGACUCGAACCUGGUGGCCGUAUCUCCCAUCGAGGAGGAGCAGUGGAGUUCCAGGGGGCAGAACAGCCCCGGUAAAAGCAGCCCCAACAGACUAGAGAGAACCCCCUCCUUUACGGCAGAGUGGGAAGAGAUUGACAAGAUUAUGAGCUCCAUAGGUGCUGGAAUUGGAACAGAGUUGGAGGGGAUUACGGAGGAUCACUCAGGUCCCCGCUGCCCCGUCCAGUCCGUGGGACAGUGGACGGACAACAUCGGUCUCGUGCAGUAUGAAAACCACCUGCUGUCUAACGGCUUUGACAACGUUCAGUUUAUGGGUAGUAAUGUCGUGGAGGACCAGGACCUGCUAGAGAUCGGGAUUUUAAACUCUGCCCACAGACAGCGACUUCUUCAGGCUAUUCGCCUGCUGCCCAGGGUUCGGCCCAUUGGUUACGAUGGAAAUAACCCCACCUCAGUGGCAGAAUGGCUGGAGUCUCUGGAGCUGGGAGACUAUACCAAGUCUUUCCUCAUCAACGGCUACACCUCCAUGGAGCUGGUCAAGAAGAUCUGGGAGAUCGAGCUCAUUAAUGUUCUUAAGAUUAAUUUGAUCGGCCACAGGAAAAGAAUACUAGCGUCACUUGGAGAUCGACUGCACGAAGACCCUCCACAGAAACCACCACGGGCCAUCUCUCUAAGGGAGCCCACGGGGAACCACACUCCACCUCAGCUGUCCCCUUCUCUGAGUCAGGCCUAUCCCAACGCCGGCUCCCUGGACGUCCAGCACCUCAUCAUGCAGGCCGACGCCAGACGCAGACGCAACAACAACUACUUCGAGGAUGUGCCGCGUUCCAAACUAGAGAGACAGAUGGCACAAGUCAGUAUGCAAGGGGAAUGGUGCGAGCCAAUCACGUUACGGCCUCCGAACGAGGCGACGUCAUCUACGCCGGUGCAGUACUGGCAGCACCAUCCUGAGAAGCUUAUAUUCCAGUCAUGUGACUAUGAAGCAUAUUAUCUGGGCUCUAUAUUGGUGAAGGAGUUGCGUGGUACAGAGUCCACGCAUGAUGCCUGCGCAAAAAUGAGGUCUACAGAACAGAUGAAGAAGAUUCCCACCAUAGUACUGUCUGUCUCCUAUAAGGGCGUCAAGUUUAUUGAUGCCACUAACAAGAACAUUAUAGCAGAGCAUGAGAUCAGGAAUAUCUCAUGUGCCGCGCAGGACCCUGAAGAUCUGUCCACAUUUGCGUACAUCACCAAGGACCUGAAAUCCAGCCAUCAUUACUGCCACGUGUUUACAGCUUUUGAUGUGAAUCUGGCCUACGAGAUUAUCCUGACGUUGGGCCAGGCGUUUGAGGUGGCGUAUCAGUUAGCCCUGCAGGCCAGAAAGAGCGGCCACGGGUCAUCCACUCUGCCCGAGAGCUUCGACAGCAAACCCUCCAAACCUGUCCCUAAACCCCGUGUCAACAUACGCAAAUCUAUGGAGCAGCCCUCAAUGGAUCAAAAGGGCCACGCCAAUGUUCCCUGGAUAGUCGAGCCAGGACAGGAAGCCAAAAGAGGAGCCAACACCAAGGCAAUGGCGGACGCCCAUGUCUAUUACAGUGGAAUUCAGAGAAUGUAGCCUGCCCCUAACAUGGACCCUCACUCUCACAUGCAUUGCAAAAACGGACCACAAAUACGGACCCUAAAAGCGUCACUGGAGCCUCUCGUAACACACGUGUAAGGAUUUGCACAAGGACUUUUUCGCCUGGGACUUGGUGUACGCGUACAAGGACUGCCGACGUGGACCCUUUUAACGAAACACUCGCAUGCACUCGCACACACACACUGCAUAAAAAAACAACAACAGGAGGAGACUGUGGAAUUUGAAUGUAUACUUUUCAAGAGGCAGCGAUUCGAGUUGCGUUCUGAAGGACGGCGGCCGACAGAACUUUGUUGCGCGAGAGACGGACUGGGGAAGGACUGUCGCUAUGGCGACUCGGACACACUACACUGACUUUUCACCUAAUAUCUAGUCCAAAAUACCAUGGCAUGUCUGGACUGGGAUAAAAUCGGACAUUUACAUAAAUUUCUGUAUUUUUUCUUUUCUGUUUUCUUUGUUUCUAUCUUCCUUUCUUUAUUUCAUUUGUUUAUGGUUAUUGAUCUAAAAAUAUGAAUAUGCACAAUGUGAAUGGACUCAUUGCACUGGACAACCACGAAACUGAUGCGUCUCGUGCCAAAAUCACUAUGGAACAGUUGUUGACGUAAUUGGCAAUGCCACGCAGAUUAAUAUUCAUAUAUUGGCAAGAAAUUUUACUGUUUAAUAGAGAACUAUAUUACCAUUACUGUAAUAUUUACAAUUAUUAUUCUUAUUGUGCAAUUCUCGUCUGAUGUCGUCUUAACGUAACAUUAUUUUUAUAUGACGCGUCAAGCUCAAAUAAGCAGCCAUUCGUGAAAACAAAAAAAUAUUAUUAUAUUACUACGGAGGAACUGAAUGUGCGGAUGGCAACAGAUAUCUUAUUUUCACUCAUUGUCACUGUAGAAUUUUGCCACAGUUCUGUAAAUAAAUAUUUUGUUGACUCAUUGUUCAUAUAUGUAAUUAAAAAAAACAAAGAAAAACCAUGUAUAAAGAAUGAUUUAAAAAAAAAAUGGAUAGGUAAACAAGGUACCAAAUUUCGCAGGUCAAAGUGCAGCACAUUAAAAGAAAACAACAGUAUGAACAAGGGGUGGAUUUGUGACAUCAUUGCUAACUAACAUGUGUAGAUAGGCUUGGGCUUCCAGCACACAGAUUUUGUAAGUUUGGUCUUUAUUUAUAUUCUUGAAAAGCACACGGAAUAAAUCCAGAUUGUAGAACCAUU